AUGGUCCACGCCGACGCCUCAAACUUCGCCAAUGGCGUGACCAAAGAGGAGGCCUAUGAGCAGGUCCUCAUGCAAGCCGAAGGUCUCCUCGACGGUCAAAGAAACUGGGUCGCCUCCAAGUUUAAGAGAGCCACCUCACAUAGUUUGCUCUCCAAUUUGAAGCAUAUGAAGAAACAAGAAAUGAGAGCCAGGAAAAGACUAACUAACCCCCUCAUCAAACACAGCAACCUCGCAAACACAGCCUCCCUCCUCUGGCACGCCUACCACUCCCUCCCAGCUCCCUCAAACGCAGUCAACUGGGCAGGUUUCUACGUCCUCGAUCCCUCCUCCACCAAACAAUCCCUCAUCCUAGGCCCCUUCAUGGGCAAAGUCGCCUGCCAACAAAUCCCCUUUGGCCGCGGCGUCUGCGGCGCCGCCGCCGCCACGCAGCAGACGCAGCUCGUGGCCGACGUCGACGCCUUCCCCGGUCACAUUGCCUGCGACGGCGACAGUAAGAGCGAGGUUGUGGUGCCGGUUGUCGUCGAGGGGAAGUUGGUGGCGAUUAUUGAUGUGGAUUGUGCGGAGAGGGAUGGGUUUGAUGAGGUUGAUCGGGUUUGGUUGGAGAGGCUUGCGCUGUUGCUUGCUAAGGGAUGCGAUUGGUGA